GAGUCUGGAAGGACGCGCGUUUAAGAAGGUCGAGUCAAAGUGGGGAUGAAAGAGUAGAGGAGUGGGUGCCUUGGCUCUGUCGAGGUGGAGGGGGAGCUCGGAGACGCGUCUCGCGAGGGUGCAGUAGUCGUGAAGCGUGAGGCCGCGGGAGCCGAUCACCUUAGUGAAGUUCGCGCGUGUCCGGCAAAAAUAUGCGCGCGGCCAGAGGGCGCGUCCUUGUCGACGGGGAAACCGCGAAGCGCGAGCCUCCUUCUUGGAACCUUUGACACGCGCCGCCACCGCGAGUAGUCGCGAGCGAUCCUUAGUAGACGCGCCGUGUCGUGUCUCGAGUAGAAGCUUCGCUUUUUUAUUCGACACUUUAAUCCUCCCCCUUUUUGAUCUAAUCUUUCUUAUUUUUCUUUUAAUUUCUUUCCCUUCUUUCUUUUCUUUAUACAUUCAUUUUCAUUUAUCUUUUCUACUUCGUUUCUCGUAACUCAACCUGCUCCGCUAAGCUUUCUCAAAUCGUAAAAAAAAAGAUUUUUUAUUGCUGUUCGUGCUUUUCUUCCUUCACUUCUUCUUCGUCUUCUUCUUCGUCUCCGUCUUCGUCUUCGUCUUCGUCUCCGUCUUCGUCUUCGUCUUCGUCUUCGUCUUCGUCUUCGUCUUCGUCUUCGUCUUCGUCGUCGUCGUUGUUGUCUUCAUCGUCGUCGUCGUCGUUGUUAUUUAUUAUAUUUGCAAGGUCUUUCCUUUCCGCUUCGUCUAUUUCUACUUCUUAUUAUUCUUGUUCUUCAAUACCCCGCGUCUAAAGUCGAUCACUCUCCGCCAAGACGAUCUUCUCCGACAGGCACGAUGAAGUAUUAGUCGAAAUCAAUCGGAUAGGAAGGACGAAGCUCGCGAUAAAAGGAAUCUUACAAAUAUUUUGUCUAAAAAAAAAAAAGAAAAGAUGACCGCGACAACCGACGGACGUAAUUGCGGAAAAAAUACAUCUUAGUCGAUAAAGAAAAAAGUUUGUCAGAAGGGAAAAGAGACCCGAAGGAAUUAUGCCGGACAAAAAUCCAACCUGUCGAGAUGGGCAACGCGAAAACAAAGACUUCUUCGUCGAUGAGAUAUCGUCGAUCGGCAUGUCACUGCGGCCCAGCGGCAGCGCCUCUUCCGGUAUCUCGACCCUCGCCAGCUGCGGUGAAGUCGACGCGCUACCCGAACUUCCGGCACAGGAUGAAGAACGUUUACAACGUGCAGCACGUUUGUUGCAACAACGGCUUGUAUUACGUCAAUGGCUGGCGGAUCAUGGCUUACAUAGCUAUUAUCAAAAGUUAAUGCAAAUGGACGUUAUGUCUCUGGAAGAUGUAUAUUGGGUGGAGGACACUGCGGCACAAGCCACGCUUGGCAAGGAUCUACAACGAUGGAUUCAGGCCAGGCAGGCAUUACCUACUUCGAAGAGAGAUUUAGAAACUUUAAAGGCGGAUCUAUGGAGUGCUGUUGUAAAAAACAGUCAACAUCAAGACGCUUGGACAUGGGGUGGAAUGUUAGUAGUAUCCGUGUCAGUAGCUGGUUUAGUUACUCUGGCUGCUAUGACGCAGCCUGCAUUAGCACCAGAAGCUAAGCAUUCUCUUUUGCAAUAUGUUACUGGAAAAUAUUUAUUACCGAGCAACUGUCGUGUCCAUUUUGAGUGGGAAGAGCCACAACUUGUAGGAGAAACAAUGACUUUUACUGUAAAGUUCUAUCAACGAAACGGUCAACCAUAUCCGAUCUGCGACAAGGAUAAUCUCAUUGUGGAAGUGACAGAAGGCUCGCGGAGAGUAGCUACUCUAAUAGAAUUAGGAGGUACCGAUCCUUUAGCUGCAAAUACUGCAGUAGUGAAGUUCACCGUCCGCCAUGCUGGACAAUACAAAAUAGCUGUACUUAUUGGAUCAUGUCACGUUCACGGCAGUCCAUUUCUUAAAAAUUUUCUGCCUGGACCUCCAGAUCCAAAUAAAACCGUCUUCGUACGUCAAAGUUCUACGGUCGUUUGUACAGCUGGUAUUGCACAUUCAAUGACAAUAGAACCACGAGAUGAAUAUAAUAACUUAUGCAUAUUUGGUCCCGGCGAAAAACCCACUAAAGGGUACGAUGUCAAUAUUAUUCAGCAGAUAGGUAAUCAUGCGGUAAAAGGAUCGGUUAUAGAUUACUCGAUUCAUCUCGACUACGAUUCUCCAAAUCAGAGAGUUCGAUUGAAAGUUAGCUUUCCAAAAGGUGGUUGUUAUCAUGCGACUGUUAGCCUCGCAGGAUUACAAUUACACAAUGGAGACUUUGACAUUAUCGUUCUGGAAAGUUCAGUUGCAAGAUUGGUUCAUAGUAAUGUUGCUUCUAAAGAUCCAGAUAUAUGCUACGUUGCUAAAUUAUUAGGUAUGCAAGGUGAAAGAUUCUCUAAGCCAAAAAAAGUCUUUUGUUAUAUAUCACCAAAGCAAUUAACGAUCAAGGAAUAUUUAUUAAAAUUUAUUCCUAAAAGACUUGUUACUUUUAGACUAUGUCCUUCGACUAAGUUUCAUUUUGACUGUUUGAACAAUCAUCACGAGGGAUAUCAUUCGUUUUCAAUAGACGACGGAUGUCAACCACCCGUAGAAUUAAUUUCUUUAUAUCGCGAUAUAAUAGCCGCUACCUUUACAUUGUUUCUUCUUAAAAAUAUCGGUGGUAGCGAGACCUUCGCCGAUAAACAAGAUUUUUUUUAUCACGAAGUUCGAAAACAUCACCAGAAAUAUUAUCAUGAGAAACUUUCAAUGAAAGUGCAACGAGACAAACUUUUAGAAUCGUCGAUGAAAGCUACUAAAGGAUUUUCAGUGAGCGAUUGGUGCAGAAACUUUGAAAUAACGUUUCAAGGCGAACAAGGAGUUGACUGGGGUGGUGUACGCCGUGAAUGGUUCGAAUUGAUCUGCGCGGCUUUAUUUGAUCCAGGAAAUGGUUUGUUUGCAUCGUUUGGUGAAUCCCAACAAGCUUUGGUACAUCCUAACAGCAAACGACCGGCUCAUCUUAAGUUAAAGCAUUACGAAUUCGCUGGACGUAUAGUUGGCAAAUGUUUAUACGAAUCGGCACUCGGAGGAUCGUAUCGACAGUUGGUACGAGCAAGAUUUACAAGAUCUUUUCUUGCACAAAUUAUAGGUCUUAGAGUGCAUUAUAAGGUAAAGUAUUUCGAACAAGAUGAUCCCGAUUUAUAUUUGAGUAAAGUAAAAUAUAUUCUUGAAAAUGAUGUGGAAGAAAUGGAAUUGUAUUUUGUUGAAGAGGAAUACGAUAAGGACGGUCAAUUAUUAAAGGUAGCAGAAUUAAUUCCUGGAGGUAGUAAAGUACGCGUUACCAAUGAUACGAAACUUCGGUAUCUAGACGCGUUAGCGCAACACAGACUCGCUAGUUCAAUUCGCAACGAAGUCGAUCACUUUCUACGUGGUCUCAACGAACUCAUUCCAGACAACCUAUUAGGCAUAUUCGAUGAAAAUGAAUUAGAAUUACUGUUAUGCGGAACCGGUGAAUAUAACGUAGCAGACCUACGGACACAUCAUAUAGCUAAUGGAAGUUCUCCAGAAUUUCUACGUGUCCUUGAUUGGUUUUGGACGGCAGUAAGUAAUUUUACGCGAGAAGAAAUGGCACGAUUACUUCAGUUUACUACCGGUUGUUCUCAAUUACCACCUGGCGGAUUUCAACAACUAAGUCCACGCUUUCAAAUAACAGCGGCUCCUACAUUCGCGAAUUUACCUACAGCUCAUACGUGUUUCAAUCAACUCUGCUUACCCGAUUACGAGUGCUACGAUCAUUUCGAACGAGCGUUGUUAUUAGCGAUCAGUGAAGGUACCGAAGGUUUUGGUAUGAUCUAACAAGAAAAAAGCUAUAUACUGAUAAAAACAUACAUACACACAUUAUACAUAAAUAUACAAGCUAACCUCUAGUCUAUUCUAGUCGAUAUAAUUUGUCCAUUAUAUUGAAAUAAUGUAUAUUGUGUCCCAUUUUUUAUUAUUUGAUAUCAAGUAUUAAUUUUCAUUCCAAUGUUUACUUUCGAUAAUGUCUUUUCUUAACAAAGUUUUUAUACUCUUAAAAAACAUAUAAACUGCAUUUUGUUAAACUUAAGUCGUUUGAAAUAUCUUUAACAAAUGUUCAGCUAAAUUAUGUUCUGCUAAUGACCAUCAAAAUUUAAGCGUAAGAACAUGCCGCAUUUAAUGGCUUGUGGUAACGUUUUUAUAUAAAAACCGUUAUAUACUAACAAUAUAAGAGCAAUUUUUAAUCUCAUUAUCAAUGAAAAUUUGCUCGAUUUCUCAAAGCAAAAUUUAGUAUAAGUAAGGUAUUCUAAGUGUUGUUGAAUACAUGAACAUAUUUCGUUACUCGAGCCAUAAGAUUCAGCAUAAUUCAACUUGCAAAAUAAUAGCAAGACCGAGGUAUUUAAAAUAUUGUUUUGUAGAUACUAUCGUAGAUUUUAAAAAGGUAGCGCGUUAAUCGUUAUUGAUUCAUACAAAAGAAAAAAGAAACUAUAGAAAAAGAUAUAGAUUUGAAUUUUUUCGUUUGUUAUUUUUUUUUCUUUUUUCUUUAUACUGUAUAGUAAAUAUCAUAUAUAUAUACAUAUAUAUAUAUAUAUAUAUAUAUAUAUAUAUAUAUAUAUAUAUAUAUAUAAUAUAUACAUAUAUACAAUAUAUAUAUAUACAUAUAUAUAUAUCGUCAAAUUGUUCAUUAGAAAUUACAAAGUAACUAUAAUAAUUUGUAUAAUCGUUUCAUAUCUCAUCGUUAUAUUUCUUCUAUAUUAUUAUAUUUUAUAUACUCAAUUACGGAACGAAAGCAAUCACAGUAUAAUCAAAGCCAAAGGCAAAAGACAAUGUAUUGUACAUUUAGAAUAUACUCUACGACAUUCGUUAAUUAGUGCGUACAUACGUGAAUCUCGCAAUAAAAAGAAAAUUUCUUAAUAUCGACGGUAUAUACUUGUUACUUUCUAUGGAGACCCGUAGAUCGGGUUUUAUAAGAAGUUUUACUUAUGAAAAAAAUAUCACGACCACGAUCGUCGUGGUAUUGCAAAUAGACUAACGUGAAUUAUGUUAUUCCAACCACUUUAAGAAUAAAUUCAUUUCUCAAGAUUAUACCGUUCGGGAUUGUAUAAUACAUACCAUACUCAGGAAAAAAAAGAAAAAAAAAAACCCCCCAUUUUGUGAUAAUUAUAAAUCUUCCACUGUUCUACACGUCAUGUGAAAAAACAAAAAUAGAGAAUCUUACUUGCAACGAGAAUAGCAUAAAAAAUAAAAUAAAAAAAAAAUAAAAGGAAAGAGAAACACGGAAAAAAGGAAACAAUUAGGAAAUUUCACGAAUCUGGCUUAGAACUGUUGUGGAUGAUGCUUAAGAUCCUUCUUGUACUUAAAAACACAGUAAUGCAAAAUGUGAUCGUGCGUUUCCAAAAGCAAUGACACUUGCACGUGGUUGCUUAACAUUAAAAUUAACUCUAAUAACAUCAGUCUUCUCUAUAUAAAAAAAAAUACUAUAGUAUAAGCCGCAAGCAUAUUCCAAGUUUUGCUUCCUUUUGAUUGCUUUGCAACUGUAUUGUCGAAAACACCAAGAUUCUCUGAUAUGAGACAUGAGAACUAUGAACAAAAAAAAAUAAAAAGGAAUCAAGAAAUCGUAAUAGCACGAGAGAAUCAUAUUUAUUAAAUAAAAACUGAAAAUAGAUACACAUAGUUCCGUCUUCUGGUAAAAACAGAUCAUGCAUCGUUAUCUUAGCGGUCGGGUUGACGAUACUUUGUUUUUAUCAGUUUAUCAAAAUACGCGAAAAAAGUGUAAAACUUAUAGAUUAAAAAGUAUAUAACAAGCA